AUGAGACGAGUGGAGUCAAAUUUAAGAGGAGCGGAUGGUUUUGUUCCUUACACCGAUAAUCAAAGAGGACACGAUAGUCCAUAUCGAUUUUCCUUUUAUUCAAGUGCUAUGAACGUCACUAUACACGCUCGCACCAUGGCGGACCUUCCGGACGAAGGGCAGAAUUUUGAGGAUUUAUUCAAAGGACGUGGUGGUGAAACGGCCAAUCGGAGCGGUCAUGGCACAGAUGGUGCCAGACAUGAAUAUGAUCCUGAGAAUCAUACCUGGUGGUUGGAUGUGCUUUCUCCCACGGACGACGAGAUGCGCAUGUUGUCGAAAGCUUUUGGCAUUCAUCCCCUUACCACAGAGGAUAUCUUGUUGGAAGAAACUCGCGAGAAAAUCGAGUUGUUCAGAACUUAUUAUCUCGUCUGUUUCCGUUCUUUCGAUCAAGAUCCAUAUUCUCAAACAUACCUCGAGCCUCUCAACAUGUAUAUCAUUGUUUUCAGGGAGGGAACAUUGUCGUUCCACUUCAGAGGUACACCCCAUCCACAGAACGUACGUCGGCGAAUCAAACAAUUGGACGAUUUCGUCCUUGCUACUUCGGAUUGGAUUUCCUACGCUCUCAUCGACGACAUCACCGAUGCGUUCGGACCUCUUAUCCAAAGUAUCGAAUAUGAAGUAGAUAGUAUUGAUGAGUUGGUGUUGAUUCUGAAAGAUGCAGAGCAGAGUGAUAUGUUGCGGCGCAUUGGUACUUGUCGAAAGAAAGUCAUGGGUCUUCUUCGAUUGAUGGGCAAUAAAGCGGAUGUGGUCAAGGGGCUGGCCAAAAGAUGCACCGAACAAUGGGUCAUUGCUCCAAAGUCGGACAUUGGAUUGUAUCUCUCAGAUAUCCAGGAUCACUUGAUCACCAUGACUCAAAACUUGAAUCACUACGAGAAGAUUUUAUCUCGAUCACAUUCGAAUUAUCUGGCGCAGAUAUCUAUCGAGAUGACAGAUGCGAAUAAUCAGAUUAACGAUGUUUUGAGUAAACUCACUGCGUUGGGUACUGUCUUGAUUCCGAUGAAUUUGGUCACCGGUUUAUGGGGUAUGAACGUUCAUGUUCCUGGGCAAGACAUCGAAUCAGGGUACGCAUGGUUCGGAGGAAUACUUGGUUGUCUAUGUGCUUUUGCUAUUUUGGGGGCGUUUGCGACUGUGAGUUUUUUUGUAUCGAUCACCACGAGGCGGUGA